AACAAACAGAAAACAAAGUCUUCAGUUGCCAGAAAGGCAGAACAGAAACCCUUCUGGGUUUCAAGAAAAAGCCCUCAAGAAAUCAAUCAUCUUGUUUCUUCAAGAAUGACUUUCAAGAUUCCCAUUUUUGUCCCUGACCUCAUUUCAUAAUUACCCAUUUUGUCCUCUAUGCAUGCUUACCCACUGUCUCAUCACCUCAACUUGACAAAAAGAUACCACAAUCACAUACCUUUAAUCUUUAAGAAUCUUUAUCAACAAAGCCACAUUCUUCACUCUGAAUAUUUUCAAUAUUUUCUUCAUGGGUUCUCACUAAGAGUUUGUUAGUGAAAGAUGCCUGGGUUAGUUUUGGAUGAGAUUCAUGAAGAUAAGGUGAUAGACGAAAUGCCCGAAAAUGGAAAUUUGCCGAAAACAAAUGAUAAUUUGGAUUCGAGCAAGUCUCCGGAUAAUGUGGCUACUGGGAAUAGUGUGAGUGUAGUGGUCGAGCCGUCAAUCGAUCAGCUUUACGAUAAUGUGUGCGAGAUGCAGAGUUCUGAUCAGUCGCUAUCUCGGCUUAGCUACGGAUCGGAUGGUGAAGAAUCGAGAAUCGAUUCGGAGUUGCGGCACUUGGUUGGAGGUGAGAUGAAAGAAGUGGAAAUUAUUCAACAAGAUGAAGAGAUUUCUAGUUUUGAAGAAAAACAAGAAAGCUCGAAAUCUCAUUCUUCGAAGAAAUCGAAGAAAGCGUCUGAAUUGGAGUCAGAAGUGAAUUCCGAAUCAAUUUCUAAGAACAAAUAUCUUCAAAAAGGUAUCAAGAAGCCAGUUGUUGGUGAUAAGAACGUGAAUCUCGGUCCACAUUUGCUUAAACAAGCUCGGGAUUUGUUGUCUUCGGGUGAUAACCCUCGUAAAGCACUCGAUUUAGCUCUUCGCGCAGCGAAAUCGUUUGAAAAGUCAACUAACGGGAACCCCGGUUUAGAUGCCGUAAUGUGUAUGCAUGUUACAGCAGCCAUAUAUUGUAACUUAGGUCAGUACGGUGAGGCCAUUCAGAUCCUCGAGAAUUCGGUAAGAAUUCUCGUAAAUGAAGAAAGUCAAGAUCACGCGCUCGCUAAAUUCGCUGGCUAUAUGCAGUUGGGUGAUACUUAUUCCAUGUUGGGUCAACUUGAAAACUCGUUACAGUGCUACAAAUCGGGUUUGGAUUUACAAAAAAAGAUUUUGGGCGAAACCGAUCCGAGAGUCGGUGAAACUUGUAGGUAUCUUGCUGAAGCUCAUGUUCAAGCUCUGCAAUUCGAUGAAGCCGAGAAACUUUGUCAAACGGCUCUUGAAAUCCAUAAAGAGAACGGUUUACCUGCGUCCUUGGAAGAAGCAGCCGAUCGAAAACUGAUGGGUCUAAUUUGUGAAACGAAAGGUGACCACGAGGCUGCACUCGAGCACUUGGUGUUAGCCAGUAUGGCCAUGAUGGCUAACGGGCAUGAAAACGAGGUUUGUUCGGUGGAUGUAAGUAUCGGCGACACGUAUUUAUCGCUAUCUAGAUUUGAUGAGGCGAUUCACGCAUACCAAAAGGCACUCAUGGCUCUAAAAUCGUCAAAAGGUGAGAAUCAUCCUGCCGUUGCUUCCGUUUAUGUGCGUUUGGCUGAUUUGCAUAACAAGAUCGGCAAAAUACGAGACUCGAAAUCAUACUGCGAAAACGCACUUCGUAUUUACGAAAAGCCCGCUCCUGGAAUCCCGCAAGAGGAAAUCGCGUGUGGGUUUACGGAUAUUUCAGCAAUUUACGAGUCUAUGAACGAGCUUGACUACGCGCUGAAGCUGUUACACAAGGCGUUAAAGAUAUACAACGACGUGCCAGGUCAGCAAAACACGGUUGCGGGAAUCGAAGCUCAAAUGGGAGUUAUGUAUUACGUGCUGGGGAAAUACUCGGAAUCUUAUAAUUCCUUCAAAAGCGCGAUUUUAAAGCUUCGUGCUAGUGGCGAGAAGAAAAACAUGUUUUUUGGUAUUGCUUUGAACCAGAUGGGACUCACAUGUGUUCAACGGUAUGCCAUUAAUGAAGCGCUUGACCUUUUUGAAGAAGCUAGAAGCAUAUUAGAACAUGAGUGCGGGUCGUAUCACCCUGACACUCUUGCGGUUUACAGCAAUCUAGCUGGCACUUAUGACGCUGUUGGCAGAUUGGAUGAUGCGAUCGCACUAUUGGAACGGAUUGUUGUGAUUAGGGAGGAAAAGCUCGGGACCGCACACCCGGAUGUGGAUGAUGAGAAGAGGCGGUUAGCCGAACUGUUAAAAGAAGCGGGAAAGGUUCGAACCAAAAAGAACAGAUCACUAGAACACCUUCUUGACUCGAGCCACGGGUCAACAAUAAACAAUGGUGCCACUCUUACUGUUACUGAUUAAGGUAUGGUGAUCAAGAUGAUUGUACUGUACUAUACAAGUUGAUAAACACAUAAUUAUAUAAGUAUUUGAGAAAGUGUUGUACUUUAAAGUUA